AUGUCAGCUGGGCAAAGGGACUGCGUGGAGAAAGGAAUCCAGGACCUGAGGGAAGCGGCUGUGCUUGCGACGGCGGGGGUUCUGUUUCUUUGUCGGGCCCUGGUGUUGCUGAGGCUGAGAAGCGGCUGCUGUGAGCCCUUUUGCGGUAAGGACCAGCCCAAACAGGUCGCCGCCGGGCUCCCCCGGCUGUGCGGAGCCGAUACGGCGCCGCCGCCCGGCUGCCGUCGCGUUUUCGGAGGCGGCUGCCGCUCAGACCCCCGAGUCAUCGCACAGCCCCGGGGUGCUCUCAGCCCCCCCAUCCUCGGGAUUUCUUUCAGCGGGUGCUUCAGUUCUUCAGGCUCUCUUCGGCUGAGCGAGGGCUGCAGCAGAGGCUCUCAUCGGCCCGAAGCAGUGAGCUCGUGGAAGCGGACCGGCACGGGGCCUCCGCCCGAGACCGAGCACGAUCCCGGGGUGGCCUCGGCCACUGCGGAGUGUUUUGCGGGUGCUCUCACCCAUCCCGUUUCCAGCGGUGGGAGCGAGCAGGAAAGACAGACCGGCCAGACGGUGGAGUCUCUCUCUCUUCGAGGGAGAGAACGGGAACGUAUCGAGCUCCACCUAGGGGUGAAUGAAGAACCAGCGGAGCGUUUGUGCGUGAGGCUGAAGAGGCAGGUGACGAAGGAGGCAUUGAGGAGAGGGGCUGCUGGAGCUCCCUAUUGCAGAAGAGCCAUUUGGGGACAGGAAGGCCAGGGGCAGCCUGGAGCGUGCCAGUCGUGAGACCACAGCGUUUGGGAUCUUGUGUGGAAGCUGCAAAGCAAUGAGUAGGAUUGAAACACUGGACUUAGAGGGAGCCAAGUUUGUCCUCUUGAAGGGCCUACUUGGAGGUAACCCUUGCUCAAGCAUAGGAAGGGGUCCUGUGAAUGCUGGAGCAUUACUUUGUCCAUGCUGAGGUGCGCUGCGUCCCAAGGAGGAAGGAACUGCGCAGGAAUGGUGGGGGACCUGCAGGGCUGACUGAGGAACUUGAAGGGGAGAAGGAAGAGAGAGGCUGAGGAAGGCCAAGUCCCUCUGAGUAUCAGCUUUGGGAGGGAGGUCAAGGCUAAUGGAAGUUUGUCAACAGGAGAGACUGGAGAAAUUGCAGGCCUGCGCUUUACAAGGCGGAGGCCUGAGUAAUGAGGCCUGAGGCGGAGGCCUCUUGGGUUCAGUGGUUUCUGCUGAGAGUGCUCCUGGGGAACCUGGGGUCCUGGAGGAGAGAGUCCCUGAGGAAGGAUGUCUUCCCCUCAGUUGCGGAGGAGCUGGUCAAAGGUAGUUCAGGCAGAAAGGAGGCCAGCAAAUGCCUGAGCUGUAGAGGGCUAUGUCUGUGCCCGCUGAGAGCUGGCAGCGGUGACUGGCAAUAGCUCUGUCACUUUUCCCUGCUGUUUCCUGUGGGAAAGGUACCUGAAGACUGGAGGAUGGCGGAUGCCACCGCAGCCUUCAGAAAGGGUGUGGAGGAUGGCGUGUGCAACUUGGAGGUAGGUUGGCCUCAUGUCUGUUUCUGGGGAGGUGACGCAACAGCUUGUUGCAGGUGUCAUUGCCAUGUGACCGGAGGAGAAGGAAUUUGCAAGGAGCAGUCCAGGUGGAUGGACAGAGGAGAAGUCAUGCCGGACCAAAAGGGUGAAGGCUGCAGAGAGGAUUGGCUGGAGCAGGUGUGCAGUUUUCCCAGGGGUGGGAUGAAGGAGGUGAGAGAGGGGGAGCCCCAGGCGGGAGCCCUCGUGGUGGAGGGCUGCCCCCAGGAGCGCCCCCUUGGAGGUGGUUUGUGGAGGUCUCUGCGCAGGUUCAGGCUGGAGGCAGGAUCCUGGCGGUGUGAGCGGGGCGCCCCUGUGGAGCAAGGGUGGAAGGUGCGUGGCAGGUCCUGUCCCGGAGGAGUGGAGUUAAGGGUCCUGGCGUGGCUUGUUU